UAUGAGGAGCAACCAGACUUUAUAACAGCAGGUGGUGGUAAGCUACAUGAGUAUCAGAUGGAAGGAUUGAACUGGUUACGCUUCUCUUGGGCCCAGGGUACCAACACCAUCUUGGCUGAUGAAAUGGGGCUUGGAAAGACAAUUCAAACCAUUGCCUUCUUGUAUUCACUAUGGAAGGAGGUAUGACAGUUAUUUAGCUUUAAGGUCUAUCAUUUAUUGAUAAUUAUAGUGAAUGAUCGAUUAGGUGUAACGGUGCUUAUUUGAUUUUCCGUGUAAAAGGUGUGGCGCUUAUUCGAGAGUGGCGCUUAUUUCAAUAGCGGGGAAAACACUGAGGGAAGUAUAUAGAGAACUCUAACUUGUGCAACAAACCUUACAAAUAUGUACAUCUCGAACUGGUAUGUAAACCCGGUUUCAAGAGUUGCCCUACCUUAAAACGAGAGAAGCUCACGAGUUGGUUGUGGUCUUAUUUGUCAAGCAACUUGGUUUUCAUAUCUCUUUAUAUCAAGCGCCAAAACAAAGGUUGGGCGUUUAUUUGUAAAUACCCAAAUUAGCACCGCAGCACUUAUUAAAUUAUUUUCGGUGUGGUGCUUAUUCGAGAAGCAGAAAGAAAACAAGCGCUUAGGUCAAUCCUCCAUUUUUGGCAAUUUUAAUGCAUAGACAUAAAGAUGGAAACAAAUUGGGCUUAAGGUAGGGUCCCAUGUAGUAUCCUUUGAUUGCAUUUUAUACGUGGCUUUUUAGAGUCUGUUUCUAAAAGGGAAGAAAUCAAGGUGUUUUUCUGACUCUCAUCUGCCUCUCUACCUCUUGGUUUUUUUGUGCUCUUGUUUGAGCCAGGAGAUUUUAUGACCUCUUUAACGUGUGUAUGUUUUCGGAUUAUUUAUGAUGAGUACCAGUUUAUUUACAUGUAACUGGAAGUUGUUAUUAGUUAGCUUCAAACAUUGUUUACAUAUUCAUACUGUUAACUGUUGUUUUUAGGGCCAUUCACCAGGUCCAUUUUUAGUCAGUGCCCCACUGUCUACGAUCAUUAACUGGGAAAGAGAAUUUGAAUUUUGGGCUCCUGACAUGUACGUGGUUACUUAUGCUGGUGAUAAAGCUGCCAGGGCAACCAUCAGGUAAAAUAAUUGGCACUGAUGUAUUUCCUUUAUGCAGUCUACAUGAUUAGUUGAUAGACAGUGCAAGACUGUGCUCAAGCAAUGCCCCGUGGCCCCUGGUGCCUAUAUAAGUUUUGCUGUUGGGUGACUAGAACAUCUUAGUUUUUCAUACAAGUCAUAUACUGGGCACCUGGAUUUUAUAGGUUUAGAGCUCUGCGCUCCCUUAUUUCUCUUAAAGCACAGUCUUGCAGUGCCAUUGAUCAAUCGUUUGAUCAAUUAAUUGAUGGCUUGUUCAGAAUAUUAUAAGCAACUAACAAAGGCUUCUACUAUACUGUCCUUAACAAAUAACUUUUUUCAAAAACCUUUUUCCUCAGGAAUCAUGACUUUACAUUUGAUGAAGAUGCUGUAAAACAAGGACUGAAACCUCAUAAAUUAAAGGUUUGCUUUUAA